AUGCUGAAGGACCCGUCCGGUAAGGAGUGGUACCUAAUCAAAUGGGAGGGUUAUCCUGAAAACGAGAAUACUUGGGAACCUCUGGAGAACGUGGAAAACUUUGGUAAUCAUGUCGCAAGAAUACGUUAUCUCAGGGCAUUCUUUACAGCCCGCAUGAAGGUAAGUCGGAAGCUUAAUGCCGAUAGCAAUUACCAAUGGCAACCCGUAACCAUGGAAGACAAGCACAUGGAAUCGGACAUGAAGAGAUUUGUUGAACGGGAGAAACGUUCCGCUGAAAAAUUUUACCGAUAUGGAGGAAAUUUCAGAAAACCGGAGUGA